GGCUCAUGAAGAUUGGUUUAGUAGGUCUAGUGAGAAAGUGAAGGAGAAAUCUUUUCAGGUUAAGGGAGUCUUUUGAAAAUGGGAAGGUAGAGCUUUUUGCUAUAAAUAUGUAAUAACGGGCUUCAAAACAAAAGUAAAGUUCAAUGCUAUUAUUGCAAGAAGUAUGGACAUAAGGAAGGAGAAUCUUAGAACAAGCAAAAGGGUGAGGAAAAUGCUAACUUUUCGGAGGGCGAAGAGGAAAGUAAGUUUUUUAUGACUCAUUCAACUCGUAUUUUUGUCACUGAAAGUGUGUGGUUUGUGGAUAGCCCAAUUAUCUUUCAUAUAUGAUAUACUCUCUAUGUCCCCCGAGAUUAAUGAAAGUUUCUCCUUAUCAUGGUAUUGUUUAACAAGACCUAUGAAGAUGGGUUUAGUAGGUCUAGUGAGAAAGUGAAGGGGAAUUCUUUUCAGGUUAAGGAAUUCUUUUGAAAAGGGGAAGGUAGAACUUUUUGCAAUGAUAACGGGAUUCAAAACCAAAGUUAACUUCAAUGCUCUUAUUGCAAGAAGUAUGGACAUAAGGAAGGAGAAUCAUGGAACACGCAAAAGGUUGAGGAAAAGGCCGACUUUUCUAAGGUGGAAGAGGAAAGUAAGUUCUUUAUGACUCAUUGAACUAGUAUUUCUAUCAUUGUAAGUGUGUGGUUUGUGGAUAGUCCAUUUAUAUUUCAUAUAUGACAUACUACUCUCUUUGUCCCCCGAGAUUAAUAAAAUUUUCUCCUUAGCAUGGUCUUGCCUAAAAAGGUCUAUGGUUUUCUCUCAAUUUGGGUUUCGUGUUUCCACAUAUAAUUACUUAUAUUAGCUUCAUUUUAUGCACUCCGUAUUUUUCUGGGAUCUUAUUUUUGAUGCAUUGUUUACUUGAUGUCGAGUUCAUCUUGUCAGCAUCCACUAUAUUAAAAUCCGUCGUGUGUGUGUGUGUGUGUGUAAGCGCUUUUCGUCUAGAAAAACAUUUCCACAUUUGAGAAAAUUGAUAUUUAUGGUAGGUGUAAUUUGGGUGUUAUUUUUUUCCAUUUUACCCUUAUUUUAUACGGUGGAAAUAUGAUGUGGUUAGUAGAUUAAUAAGGAAUAUGUAUGAUGCGAUAGAUAGAUUAAUAAUUAAUAGAGGUAAAUAGUUGAUUUAGAUUGAAAGAUGAAGUAUUUUUUCGAAUAGAUGAAAAAGGAAGGAGAAAAUUUUUGGUGGGACGAAAAUAAUAUAUGUUGUACUCCUAUAUGAUACCAUUAAUUGAAUUUUAGAAAUAUGAAAUUUGAAACCAUUGAAAUAAUGAAAUAUAUAUAGACCAUUAAUUGGAAAAGUUUUGACUCGCCUUUCAACGCCCUCCGUUUUGUUCGUGGUAACAAGGGAGGAGAAAGUUUGAAGGGUCAAUGAAACCAGUCAAUAGAAACACCAAGAAAUCGAAAACAUAUAAAAAGGACAAAGAACAUUAACAAACAAGAGUUAAGGUUCUCAUUGUUCUAAGAGGAGAAGAAAGAGCUGAGGAUACAUCAUUUUCUUCUCUUCUUCUCCAUCAAUAAAUAAUAAUAACACAUUUCCUGCAUGCAUAUUAUUGUUGUUUUCCCAUGCAUGCAUUGAAAAACUGCCUUUAAUUUAUCAUCUUAGUUUUGUUUCAUUGAAAAACUGCCUAUAAACAAAUAUAAUUACAAUUAUGGCUCCGAGUAAAUUGAGAAAAGCCAUAGGAGCGGUGAAGGACCAGACAAGCAUAAGCCUGGCCAAAGUAGGCGGCAGCGCCUCCCUGUCGGAGCUUGAGAUCGCCAUUGUCAAGGCCACCCGCCACGAAGAAUAUCCGCCGGAGGAGAAGCACAUAAGAGAGAUCCUUUGCCUCACGUGCUACUCACGCGCCUAUGUCGGCGCGUGUGUUGGCACCUUAUCGCGCCGCCUCAGCAAGACAAAGAACUGGGUGGUGGCGCUCAAGUCUCUCAUGGUCAUCCACCGGUUGCUCACGGACGGCGACCAAUCGUACGAGCAGGAGUUCUUCUUCGCCACCCGGUGCGGGACCCGCCUCCUCAACAUGUCCGACUUCCGCGACUCCCGGUCCAACUCGUGGGACUUCUCGGCGUUCGUGAGGACGUACUCGCUCUACCUCGACGAGCAGCUCGAGUUCCGGAUGCAGACGCGCCGCGGGAAACACGGCGCCGCGUUCGCGUACGAGGAAGACAGGGAAGAGGGCGAGGAGGUGGGGCCCGAUGCCAUUGUCGUGAGAAGCUCCCACGCUGAAAUGAAGAACGAGCAUCUGUUCUCAAGAACGCAGCAUUGCAUGCAGAUUCUUGAUCGUUUCUUGGCUUGCAGGCCUACAGGGGCUGCAAAGAGAAACAGGCUCGUGCUUGUGGCCAUGUAUCAGAUAGUAAGGGAAAGCUUCCAAAUAUAUUACGCCAUGGCUGAAAUAUUCGGCAUCUUGGUGGACCGGUUCAUGAAGCUUGAUAUCCCCGACGCCAGAAGAGUCUACGAGAUCUUCUACCGCGUGUCGAAGCAGUACGAUGAGCUCGAGAUGUUCUACGAGUGGAGCAAAGCGGCGGGGAUUUCGCGGUUAUCCGACUACCCGGACAUGGAGAAUUACCCGAAGAAGAAACUCGACAUUAUGGAAGAGAUUAUCCGGGAGAAGACGGAAAUGGCGAGGGGGAGAAAAAUGAAGAGCCCAGAGCCAGAACCAGAGCCGGAACCAGAACCGGAACCGGAAGAGGACAUGAAUACGACAAAGGCACUGCCGGCGCCGCCGGAGGAAGAGGUGUUGGAAGAGAAGAGAGAGGAGGAGCCAAAAGAGGAGGAGAAGAAGAAGGGGCAAGACAUGGGAGAUCUUUUGAACUUGGGAGAAGAUGCACCCACAUCAGAAGAACAUUCAAACCAGUUGGCAUUGGCUUUAUUUGACGGUGCUCCGCCAACAGCUCCGGCGACUACAACAAUGACGGUGACUCCAUGGGAAGCGUUCACCGGUAACGGCGAUUGGGAAACCGCUCUUGUUCAAUCCGCUAGCCACUUGUCAACCCAAAAGGCACAACUUCCGGGCGGCUUCGAUCAAUUAACGCUCGACGGGAUGUACCAACAGGGAGUGCUAAACCAGGCGAUAACCACCUCUGGAGUCGUAGCGACGGGUAGCGCAAGUAGCGUCGCGUUCGGGUCCGCCGGAAAGCCAGCAAUGCUGGCACUCCCGGCGCCGCCCUCAGCCACCAGAGCGGCAAACGCGGCGGUGCCGGGAGCCGACCCUUUCACGGCUUCGCUGUCGGUCCCGCCGCCGACGUACGUGCAGAUGUCGGAGAUAGACAAGAAGCAGAGACUGUUGUUAGAAGAGCAGCAAAUGUGGCAACAGUAUGCAAGAAAUGGGAUGCAGGGACAAGUAGUAUUAGAGAAGGCCCAUCAAACGCCUCAGCCUUUUAAUUACUAUGGGUAUUAGUGACUACUUUUUGACCUGUACAUUUAGAAGUCUUUUUGGUGUGUUUGGCAGUCCAAUUUAUUAUGUGACAGUUUCUGUUUUUUUUCACCUAAAGAAAGAUUUGUAGAUUUA